GACUUGGUCAAGUUGCAUCAAUAAUUCGUUUCUUUAAGCAAUUUCCUCUGCACUUUCCUGAAAAUAUCGAAGCUUUUUCUGAGUUCUUUCUUCAAGCUUCAAGCUUAAAUCAUCUUCACUUGACACCAUGUAUAGCUACAACAUCUAGUUAGAUUUUCCUUUUAAUCAAGAAUUAAUCGGCGAAAUAAUGUCUGAUGCUGCUGUAGAAUUUCUGCUGGAAAACUUGAAACAGCUGCUUCUUUACAAUGCAAAUCUGAUUCUUGACGUGAAGGGUCAGGUGGAAUUUCUGUACAAUGAUUUGAGUUUGUUCAAAGCUUUCCUCAAGGACUCGACAGAGAAGCGGAACAAGAAUGCCACCCUUCAAGAAUUGGUGAAACAAAUCAGAGAUGUAGUUUAUGAAGCUGAAGACACUGUGGACACAUUUGUUGCUCAGGCAGCUGUGCACAAGUCCAGGAGUAGCAUCGAGAGGGCUUUUCAUAUAUUCGAUUAUCCAGCAAAGCUUCGAAGUGUGGCGAAAAAGAUUGAGGGCAUCAGGGCCAAGGUCAAGGAUAUAUAUGACAACAAGAAGUUUGGGUUUGAGGCACUGCAAGAUGGGGAAAGAUCUACCAAAGCAAAAGAGAAAAAGGCUCCCAUUGUAGAGGAAGACAAUGUGGUGGGAUUUGAAGAUGAGGCAAAAACUGUUACUAAUCUACUCAUGGGAGGACCUGAUGAACUCGAAGUUAUAUCAAUUAUUGGCAUGCCUGGCCUUGGAAAGACAACACUGGCAAAAAUGAUAUAUCGUGAUCCUAAAAUUGAAUAUGAAUUCUAUAACCGAGCAUGGGUUUAUGUUUCUCAAGAAUAUAAUAGAAAGGAAGUGUUUCUCAAUAUUUGGAGUCAUUUUGCUAAGCCAAGUGAUGAGAUGUAUAAGAUGAAUGAUGAAAAAAUAGCUAAGGAACUUCGUGAAUUCCUGGAGAAAGGGAAGUAUUUAAUUGUCAUGGAUGAUGUCUGGACUGAAGAUGCCUGGAAUGAUCUCAAAAUUGCUUUUCCCAGAAAUAAGAAGCGAAGCAAAAUAUUACUGACUAGUCGUAUCAGGAGAGUGGCUGUGCAUGCCAACCCCAACAGGGAGCCCCAUAAUUUGCGUUUUCUAACUUCGGAUGAGAGUUGGACAUUGCUCCAAAGGAAGGCACUUGGCGGAGAGGAAUGUCCUGAUGAGUUGUUACAACCUGGAAAGCAUAUAGCCAGAGAAUGUGGUGGACUUCCACUUGCUCUAGUGGUGAUUGGAGGAAUUCUACUGGAAAAAGGUACUGAAAGUUAUUGGUGGGAUAAGGUUGCUCAAAGUGUGGAUGCAUAUAUUGCCAUGGAUCAGGAGAAACGUAUGGACAGUUUUAUAACUUUGAGUUUUAAUCACUUACCUUAUUACUUGAGAGCAUGCUUUCUCUACUUCGGGAUGUUUCCAGAAGAUUGCCAAAUCCCAGUGUGGAAAUUGGUUCGCCUGUGGAUCGCUGAAGGAUUCAUACAACAAAAGGAGGGAAUGAGCUUGGAGGAUAUUGCGGAGGAGUACUUAGACGAUCUUGUCAACAGGAAUUUAGUCAUGGUUGGAGAACGGAGGUCAAAUGGAAAAGUUAAAACAUGCCAUGUUCAUGACAUGCUACACGUGUUCUGCAAGAAUCAAGCUGCAGAGGAAAACUUCUUCCAAGAAAUUAAACGGUUUGAUCAAGUUACCUAUUCGUCUUCCAAUCCUUACUUGGAAUCGUAUCGUCGCCUUUGCAUUCAUUCCCGUGUUUGGAGUUAUAUCUCUUCAAAACCAUUUGGUCCACGUGUUCGGUCUUUCUUGUGUUUCUCUUCUGAAGAAAUUAUUCUGCAAGCUGAACACACUUCCUCCAUCCCUGGAGCAUUUAAAUUGCUCAGGGUUUUAGAUGCUAAACCCAUUUUUUUCACUCGUUUUCCUACUGAUCUAGCUCAACUCGUUCAUUUGAGGUAUCUUGUUCUGUCCAGCAAUUUCAAGAUCCUUCCUUCUCCCAUUUCUAGCCUUUGGAACAUGCAAACUCUUAUAGUUGAGACUUCAGAACGAACCCUUGAAAUCAAAGGAGAUAUAUGGAAGAUGAUACAACUGAGGCAUCUAAAAACAAAUGCAUCCACAUUUUUACAUGGUCCUCUUGCUAAAUCAAGAAAAAGUAAAGAUGAUUCCCUGAUAAAUGCUAACCUAAAAACAAUUUCUACAAUCUCACCUGAAAGUUGUACAGAAGAUGUAUUUGCCAGAGCUCCAAACCUAAAGAAAUUGGGUAUUCGUGGCAAAUUAGCUAAACUUUUGGAACCCAAAGGUGUGUCGAGUUUGUUUGAUAGCCUGGGAAAAUUGGAUUACCUUGAAAAUUUGAAGCUAUUAAAUGAUGUAUUUCCUUUGCCUCCUUCGGAAGGCAAACUAGCUGGCCUUCCCCAAAGGUAUAAAUUUCCACCAAAGCUAAAGAAACUAACACUGGCAGACACCCUUCUUGAUUGGAGUCAAAUGGCUACAUUGGGAAUGUUGGAAAGCCUUGAGAUCCUAAAGUUGAAAGACAAUGCAUUUAAGGGAGAGUGGUGGCAGCCGGAGGAUGGAGGUUUCCGUGCUCUCAAAGUCUUGUUUAUUGGAAGGACAGAUUUAGUUCAUUGGCAUGCUUUGACUCAUCACUUCCCAAGACUCAGGAGUCUUUAUCUUAAACACUGCACUAGCCUCGAAGCAGUCCCAGUCAGCCUUGCAGAUGUUUUAAGCCUCCAGAUAAUUGACUUGUACUGUACCACCAAAUCAGCUGCUGCUUCUGCCCGGAAAAUCCAGCAGUAUAAGAAAACGAUGAAAGAUGAGGCUGAGAAGCAAGGCAACAAAGGCAUUGUAUUUAAGCUCUCCGUUUAUCCUCCAGAUCAAUGACCUCCAUUCCUUCGAGCUCAAAAAUGCUUCCUUCACAGGUGGAUUCUCCGAUGAACAAUGAUGCCAAGGGUGUUGGACAAAUGAAGUUUAGAUGCACGGAUCCAUGUUUACUCUUCCUAGUCUUGUUGCACUUGCUUUGCUUGAAUAAAAGAAUCUAUUCCACUUUAUUUUACAGUAUCUUGAACUUGAGAAAAUUUGUAUUUCAUUUGGUUGAAUUUGUGUUGCUGCUGCUGUAAUUUUAACUUGUCUAUAUCUCUUUAUUUUACUUUGAAGUUGCUUUUGUGGUUGUCUUAGGACAACAUUUUCCUUU